AUGACCAGAUUUGGCCUCAGGGUCAUCGUGACUGGCUUUCUACUCUCCCUGGGUCAUGGCAGUAAUAUACCUCGAUGCGACUCCCAUGGAUACGGCCAGCCACAACCGGCUUUCUGUACCAAUUUGAUACUCGAUGAGAUACCAAUCGGCAACCGGUUCAGUCGUCUUUUUUCCCUCAAAACGUCCAUCAAGCUCGAGGACAUCACUCAAACGCAAUGGUCACACAGGGUAGAGCUUCCAUUCCUGCGCGAGAACGACGGCUGCAAGGUAGCAUUACUGGCUGUUCGCUUUAUCAAUGGCAGCAUUUCGCAUGACACAAGUACAUGGAAAGGUAUUCACGGUGAGGCUCAACGCUUGAAACGCUCAUGUGGGGGUACUUCUGCCGCUCCCCUGGGUGGAAAUCUCGUAGUCGGUGAUCAUUCUCGGCUUGCCAUAAUACUAUAUGCGCCGGGAUCCGUUUAUGAUGACAUUGUAAAGGUAGAUCUGGCGGCAGGUACACUCAUUGUCGCCGAUGAGGACCCGGAGCCAGAUUUAGGCACUACUACUGGUAUCGUUAAGCCGAGCAGCCUAUCUUGUAGGGGCGCAUUGCUGGCGUUGGGUAAUUCCACAGUUUGCAAUAUGACGAAAAUAGUCAAUGUAAGCGAAGCAAAGAAGUAG